CUGUCCCGACUGACGUUGGGCAACAAAGAUGGCGGCGGGAACCAGCAAUUAUUGGGAAGAUCUCAGGAAACAAGCCCGACAGCUGGAAAAUGAACUUGACCUGAAACUAGUUUCCUUCAGUAAACUGUGUACGAGCUACAGUCACAGCAGUGCCCGGGAUGGAGGACGCGAUAGGUAUAGUUCUGACACAACGCCCCUAUUGAAUGGAUCAAGCCAAGACAGAAUGUUUGAGACAAUGGCAAUUGAAAUUGAACAGCUUUUGGCAAGGCUUACAGGAGUAAACGACAAAAUGGCAGAGUACACCCAUAGUGCAGGGGUGCCCUCGCUGAACGCAGCCCUGAUGCACACGCUGCAGCGACACAGAGACAUCCUGCAGGAUUAUACACAUGAAUUCCAUAAAACCAAAGCAAACUUUAUGGCAAUACGGGAAAGGGAGAAUCUCAUGGGAUCAGUACGGAAAGACAUCGAAUCAUAUAAAAGUGGGUCUGGAGUAAACAACAGGAGAACUGAACUGUUUCUGAAAGAACAUGACCACCUUCGGAACUCUGAUCGUCUGAUAGAAGAAACAAUAAGCAUUGCUAUGGCAACAAAAGAGAAUAUGACUUCCCAGAGAGGGAUGCUCAAGUCAAUUCACAGCAAGAUGAACACUCUGGCCAACCGCUUUCCUGCCGUGAACAGCCUGAUACAAAGGAUCAACCUUAGGAAACGGCGCGACUCGCUCAUCCUUGGAGGCGUCAUUGGCAUCUGUACCAUCCUGUUGCUGCUGUAUGCAUUCCACUGAAAGCACAGCCCCAGGACUCUCUGCCCACCAUCUUGAUGGCCUGAUCUGGAGUGGGGAACCUACGAAGGAGAAAGACCGGCUCGGCCAUGAGCCUGCCAGCAGAUGAAUUCUAAACUGCACCCGUGGCACUGACCUGGUCAGACUGAGCUGAAGCCACAGUUUUUCUGUGCUAUCUUUUCUAAUACACAUUACUCUGUUUUUAAUUUUAAAAACAACGAAAGAUUUCAGUUGCUUGUGUCUCCCUAGGAGGUAAGCAAGCAGAAGCUGAGAACCAGGGCUUCAGUGACUGGUGAAGCCAGCUGACCAGCGGGCCUCACAGCUGGACUCCACAGCACCAGGCUCUCUACAUCCAAAGAUGGCUUCACUUUCAGCCACGAGAUUGGAUGUGAAUAAAAGUAAUUCUUGUCCUUUUA